ACCCGACCGCGUGGCGGUACGAAUCGUCGCCUUGUCACCCAACCAUCCCAUAUCCGACCCCAUCCCUUCCCAAACCGUCGAACCCUAGCUCGCCUUCGCCUCCAAUCUCCCCACCUCGCCGUCGCCAUGGGCAAGAAGCGGAAGCUCGAGCCGAAAUCCACCUUGGCAGCAAACUCCCCCGCCGCUAAGGCUCCAGCUGCCGCAAAGAUCGCCGAGCCGGCAGCUGCUCCCCCCCAGCCCGAAACCCUAGCCGAGUACUACCCCACUUCCUCCCAAACCGUGGCCCAGGAGAGCGGGUCCAUCGCUGGGGGCGCGGCGGUGAAGCAGGAGGUGGGCGGCGAGGAGGACGAGUGGGAGGAGGUGGAAGAGGAGGAGGAAGAGGAGGUCGAGGAGGAAGAACAGCAGCAGGCCGAGGAGGGCGACAGCGACCCCGCCUCGAUCCAGGCGCUACUGGAGGUGUUCCCCAAGGAGCAGCUCGUCGAGCUGCUCCGCGACGCCGCCGUCCGCCACGGCGACGUGCUCGAGUCCGUCCGCCGAGCGGCCGACGCGGAUCCAGCCCAGCGGAAGAUCUUCGUCCACGGCCUCGGAUGGGACACCACCGUGGACAUCCUCACCGAGGCUUUCCGCCCUUAUGGUGAGAUCGAGGAUCUCAAGCUCGUCUCAGACCGUAACACGGGCAAGUGCAAGGGCUACGGGUUCAUCCUCUUCAGCCGCCUUUCUGGCGCCCGCGCGGCCCUGCUGGAGCCCCAGAAGAAGAUCGGCAACCGCACUACCUCCUGCCAGCUUGCUUCUUUGGGCCCUGUCCCACCUGGCGGUGCGGCCAACAAUCCUAUGUUGGCUACAGCUCCAGCUCCGGCUCCAGCAGCCUUGAUACUACCGCCAGUUUCUGAGUACACACAGCGGAAGAUUUUUGUUAGCAAUGUUGGCGCAGAUAUCGACCCACAGAAACUGCUGCAGUUCUUUUCAAAGUAUGGUGAAAUUGAGGAGGGUCCUCUUGGGCUCGACAAGGCAACCGGAAAGCCCAAGGGUUUUGCUCUGUUUGUUUACAGGACCCUUGAGAGCGCCAAGAAGGCGCUCCAGGAGCCGCACAAGUCAUUUGAGGGUGUUAUGCUGCACUGCCAGAAGGCAAUCGAUGGGCCAAAACCCAACAAAGGAGGAGGAUAUGGUGCCACAACUACAAGUGGGAGGAAGGGCGCUGCUGGCUAUGGUGCUGGUAGCCAUUCUCUGCCUGGCACUGUUGGUGCUGGUUAUGGGAUGGCAUCUCCAGCGAGCCUGGCUUCAAUGCCUGGGCCUGUACCUGGUGGUCCAGGGAUGAAUCCUGCACUGGGCCAGGCUUUAACAGCUUUCUUGGCCACCCAAGGGGGAGGGUUGGGUCUGAAUAACAUCCUUGGAGUUGGUCCUAAUAGUUCAGGGGUGCCAAAUUCAGGGUCUUCUGGAGCUCUUGGUGGUGGCGGUGUACCUGGAAUGCCUGGCAGUUAUAUGGGAGGCUAUGGGGGUGGUGGCGGGUAUGGUGGUCCACCAGGAGGUCCAGGAAGAAAUUACAUGGGUCAUUAGGAUGCUUAUAACUAUUUUUUUGUGGCCAGAUGAUUCUACGUGUUCCUGCGCCGCACUUAUAAACAUGCUGUUUUAGGCUGCUUCUCGCAAGUUGCUUACUCUAGCGGUCAAAGUUUUCAUAAGAACUUUGAUUUCCUCAAUCCUAUGUUUUCAAAAUUGAACAAAUCUAUGUACAAUUAUUUAAAUUUUCGAAAAGUUACUAUUGUCUUGUGACCCUAUUGUAAAAGACUUUCUAUCGAUUUAAAGCACCGUGGAAUUUUUACUGCAUUUUAUACAAGAAUUUUCAGUCAUUA